CGAGUGACCCAAAGGAAGUUGUACCAUACCAGCCUCUGAGAUGCUCCGUGCUUCCGGACGGGCUAGGGAAGCUGAAGUACAACACUCAGCUUCCACAGCCUCUCCGCAUCAAACUUGUUCGCCGCCCACGAGUACACUUCUUCCUGACCCGGGUCCGCAACAUGGCACGGAGCAUUUUGGCUUGCUGUCUUCACCACACCAGACGAAAGCCUGCUAAGCAGAGUUUGGGAAAGAAGGUAAUCGACCAACGCUGAAUUGACUAAUUGACAGGGUACUGUACAUAGUGCAUGCCCAGCUCGGCAGGAACAAAGAAGGGGGUGGAGACUCUAGGAAUUUUCUCUGUCAGAGCUAACUUCAGGCUGGUUGAUGUUUUUGCAUGCGCUGCACAGGCGUUGGGUUUUCAUUUCACUUAGACACUUUGUAGCUACUAGGCGUGCUCAGACAACUGAACGACGUUGGUGUUGUCUUGUCGAGUAGUCGGUCCUUUGUCUCCUUGGUCGGUUUUCAUGGGCCUGGGAGGCAGCCAGCGCAACUGGAGGAGACAGACAUCAGGGCCAGUAGGGUUCGUAAAAUGGUUUUGCCAGGAGGCCUCCGGUGAGUGAGCCAGUUCGGGAGCAACUUCGCUUGGGGGGUUCACGGAGGGAGGUGAUUCAUUGAAGUGAUGCAAAUCACAGGACGGUCGUGCUUCAAACCAAAGCUGU